AUGAGGGCUUCUGAGGUGGACGAGAUGGCGGACUUAGACUACGACUUCCAUGGAGAUUUCGAUGACGGCCCUCCACCUCUCCUACCUCUGACGCCUCCAGCGCCCGAGCAUGCGAUCCAGGAUGAGCCCGGCCCCUGGCGUUGCUUGAGGUGCCAUGGGCAUGAGUUUGAGCAGCUAGAGAAUGGAUGGAAGUGUUCUUCAUGUGGCUCCACUGACUACCACAACGUGCGCUACCCCACCAAGACGGUCACUCCCACUGGCACUUGGAUGUUUGUUCCCCAUACUGCAGGUUCCUCUCCUUCCUCAGCACCUUCGAGGGCUUCGAGAAGAUCUAGGAGAAAGAAGAACAAGCAGAGGACGUCAGACAGUCCUCCAGAUGGUGGAGAUGACUUCGACUUGGAGGAGUCCUACGAACGUGCGGAAUCAGAAGCCUUGACACACGACCCGGUGAUCGAACCAUCACCGGCACCAUCCAGGACAGGCAAAGCUCCUCAUGCCGGUCCUCCCGGCCCUUCAAAGCCUGGUCAAGGACCAAAGAAGCCUACAGGACCUGGUCUACCUCCUGAUCUUCGAGAACCAGUUCAUGCGCCGGUAACCGGCAAGGCUGGCCCUCGACUACCACGACCAGCUGUCCUACCCCGACAAGUCGAUUCAGCACUACCCGAUCUACAUGGCACCAACAUGAGCUUCACUGGUGGGCAAAAGAAGAAGGACGAUGACUCCGACAAGACUGGAGCUUCGUGGAAUAGCAGAAAAGGUCCUGAGCCUGGGAUCAAGUGGAAGACCGGUCAGUAUCCACCGGUCCCAUUGUGGAAGUAUGAUGCCAGUGACUUGAGGGCCUUCGCCAAGUACAAGAAGAAGAUUGAGAUCUGGCAAUUGCAGAUGCGGCCAUUUGCCUCGGGAAAAGAUCAGGCGCUCCUGCUGUACAAUAGUCUGAGCGGUGAACCUGAACAAGAACUUGAACACCUCAGUGUGGACGAACUCUACGUCGAGAAUGGCGUGGCCAAGAUCCUCGAGCUUUUGCAAAGGCCAUUUGAGCAGAGACAGAUCUACCAGAAGCGUCGCUUCCUCCAGGACUUCGAAAACAUGCGCCGCUUCCAUGGCGAGUCGAUGCGGGCCUAUGUCCUUCGAUUCCGGAGGGUGAUGAGGUCCCUGCGGGCCGUCGGCAUCGAGAUCACGGCAACCUUCGACGAGGAGGCCCUCGGCUCCCGCUUGUUGGACAGGAGCGGGUUGAGCCACUCCGACCAGCGGAUGGUCCUGAUAGGUACCCAACAGAGUUUGGCCUUCGAGACCAUUGCAGAGACCCUUGCAUUGCAGUGGCCUGAGUUUCGUCCACCUCCACCAAUCUUCACGAAGGAAGGUAAGGGCACUGGCAAGCAUGGCAAGACCGCAUCAUCAUCAUCGACUUCAUCGAUUACCAGUUCGACGACAUCAACGGCACCGUCUUCUCGCUCUUCCGGAGGAGGAAAGGGCUAUCCGCCCAAGAGGGUCUUCGUUGCUGAGACCUUGGAGGAGGAGCCUGAAGGCGAGGACCUGGAGGCCGCUGAUGGAGACUUGACUCCUCCUGAGGCGGACGAAGAACAAGAUGAACAGCAAGAAGGCAAUGAACCUGAGCAUGCAGAAGACGACGACCAGGGAAACCUUGAGCUGCAAGAACUGGCCAAUGUCCUGACAGUGACGGCUCGCAAGUUGAGCGGUGUGACAUUGGGCCGCAAGUUUACCACCGGCGGCAAGAAGGUCAAGAAGACUCCUGAGGAGCUCCGCAAAGUCACGCAUUGUUCAGCGUGUGGAGCCCUGGGACACUGGGCUGCCGAUAGUGAGUGCCCAAUGAACAAGGGCGGCAAGGGAUCCAAGGGAACUGCCAAAGGCUCUUCGAGUUCCUACCGCUCCUCGACCUUUCAGCCAGCCAAAAAGGGUGACAAGCCGCACCACGUCAGCGUAGUCCAACACCAUGAACAUGGAAGCCUGCAAAUCACCGAUGAGCCCGAAUCCACUUAUGGGAUGAGCUUUACUACCUAUAUGGUCUCGGUCCCCUUCACCAUCCAUGAGAUCAAGAACAACACCACCGGGGAAAGCCUCGCAGGAUUCAUGGUUUUGGACUCCGCCUGUCAGCGAACUUGUUGCGGUGAGAUUUGGUUUGAGCACCACAAGAAGUUUUUGGAGCACCACUUCAUGACUUGCCACACGAUCCCCACCAAAGACAUGUACCAGUUCGGAAAGGGAAGCCCUACGGUCGCCACCACUCGUGUGUACAUGCCCACGGUUUUUGACUGCAACCCCUGUUUGUUGGGAGCUGGACUUCUACCAGAGGACAUUCCACUUCUCGGGAGCAACAGCCUCAUGGACAAACUUGGAACCAUCAUCGAUCUCCCGAAUCGGUCCGUUCGCUUUACCAGCCUGGGUUGCACGUCGACGCCAGCACCAUGGCUGAUCCACUGGGGACGAAUGGUGCAUCGCCUGAACAAGUUCAAGAAGAACGUGUGGAUCAUGAUGGCCGCGGCAGUGCGCAUGCACAUCAUGCCCAGAGCAUGGUUGGCAGAAGCAGUUCCACCAACAAUGGACGUGCCCCCUCAUCCAGACAAGUGCGACCACAAGGACAUCAAGAGGUACGGCAACAUGCACGGUCGCUUCGGCAAGUGCCGCAAGUGCAUGCGGACAUGGAAGUGGAACGAAAGCAAAGAGGAAUGGGUCGUAUGGGCUGGAUCGGCAGGCUACUCUGCACGGUCGUCGCCAUUGCCACUACCGCCCUCCAGCAAGGAGAAGGACACCAAGGUUCCGAAGGGCAUGAAGGCAAAGGCAAAGCCCAAGAUGAAGAGGAGAACUACCACGAAGCCAACCACUUCUUCCACAGCGGCUUCGAGCGCCAGCACGGAGACUCGUUACUGGACCAAUUUCCGGGAGGAGUUCGACCUCAAGAUGGACCACUUGACCCCGGAGCAGGACUACGAGGUCUUCCAGAUUUGCGAGCAGGGUUCACCACUGGAUCGGGAACCUCACAGCUGGGCGCAUCACGCUUUCCUGUACGAGGAGGGCUUCCGGCAGGACAGGGAGAAGUUGGAGCGGGACGCCAACAUCAUCCGCGUCCGGAGAAUGGUGAACCUCGGGGUGAUCCCGGAGGAGGCUUUGUGGCAGAUCGAGGACUGGGAAGAGGAGGACAGUCUCGAUUGGGGACUUGUGGACGAGAUGGAAGAGCCACUUCCCAUCGACCUUCGUUACGGGCAGGAUUUCAAAGAUGCCUCCACGAGGGCCUACAUCAUGGAAAAGGUCAAGAAGUUCAAGCCGUGGUUGAUUCCUAUGGGUGUUGACUGCCGCCUUUGGAACCAGUUCUCCAUCAACCUCAACUGGUCCACUCCUGAACGGCAAGUUCAACUUAAAGAACUCCAACGGCAAGAACGGCCCCUCGUGCACUUCGCAACGGACGUCGCCUUGGAGCAGUGCAAGAACGGCCGUUACUUCUUGAUCGAGAACCCCCUCCGAUCCACACUAUGGCAAGAACAGGCACUACAAGAACUUCUUGCGCUACCAGGAGUCUGGUCGACUACACUGGAUGCAGGUGCCUAUGGAGCGGAGGCUGGACGAUUUGGAGAAGCAGUACUGCAUCCCAUCCCCAUUCAGGGCACGAUCACCAGAAAGAGCCAAGUCUACCCGGACAACCUAUGCCGGCAGAUUUUGCAAGAGUUGCGAGCAAUAGUUUUUCAGCAUGAGCCCACUCGUUUUGGACGACCACUUCACCAUGUCCUUGCUAUCUCCUACCCCACAGCGGACUUGGACGCUUGGAAUGACAUCUCCAACUAUAUUUCUGGAGCCUAUGAGCGUUCCAACAAGAGACCGUUUGACAUCCCUCUGGACACCGAGAUGGGCAAGAGCAUUCAGCAGCUCUUCAGGAUCAAGGCCAUAAAGAUACAAGCAUGUUUUGCCCCAACUUGCCGGAGGAUUCCGGCCAAUGUUGAUGAGUACUUCACACGCGCCGCAUUCCUGCAGUAUGCGGACAAGACACGGGCAGUGGAGGUCGAAGACCUCGACGAAAUUCAAUUCCCAAGACAGCGCUUCAGCAAGGCAGUAGAGAUUGCAGUGUUCGCCUACGGCUUCAGGUUAGAGGCCCCUGAACAUCGAGAACAAGCCCAACCAGGUGAAGACAAACCUGCCAUCGUUCCAGGGCUCAUGACUGAUGUUUCUUUCGACACCAAAGAAGCCCUGGACCCAGUGAUCAAGCGCUCAGUGGCACGGUUGCACAUCAACUUAGGACACCCUUCACCUCAAGAACUUCUUCGUCUACUAGCCUCACAGGGUUCAGUACCAUCACUGGUCAUCAAAGCAGUGCAAGGACUAGUUUGCUCCACAUGCCGUCGGUUGAAGCCACCACAAGAACCACGACCAGCGUCUAUGCCUUCUAUGGUCGCUGGCCAAUUUGGCGAUGAGCUUCAAGCGGACAUCUUCUACAUCCGCCUGUUGACCGGCCAAUCCUAUCUGAUCCUCGGAGUCAUCGACAGAGCAACUGGCUUGCACAUGGCGGGACUGAUGCCUGACAGAAAUGCCGACACCGCCUUCCGUGUCCUGGAAGAGAUCUGGCUGAGGCCUUUUGGGGUCCCACUCUUGUUGAGGUGUGAUCCAGACCACACCUUCAGAGGCAACUUUGAGAAUAGACUCCAAAGCAUGGGAUGCAUGGUUGAGCAUUGCGCCCCAGAAGCACAUUUCCAGAUCGGCAUGGUGGAGAGGCGCAACGCCGUCCUGAGACUGACAAUCGAGAAGCUAGUUGACCAAUUUGCCACGGUCGAGCCCGAGGACAUCCCACGAAUCCUCAUCGGAGCUUGCCACGCAAGCAACAACAUGGUCUAUUCCAGAGGCCGCUCAGCAUAUCAAGCAGUGUUUGGGAGGCAGCCUCGCCUUCCCAAUGACGUCCUCUCUGACGACCAUGUCCUCUCGAGCUCCACCCAGGCCUUCGACGAGAACUACAACCCCAAGCUUCGCGCAGAGCUCGUGAGAAGUGAAGCACAGAAAUGUUUGCUCGACUUGAAUGCGAGUCAACAGCUGCGGAGGGCAUUGUUGAGGAAGACGCGGAACACCGCCAUACCAGAUCUUCAACCGGGUCAGCGCUGCGCAGUUUGGCGCUGGUCCAAGAAAGGUGUUCGCAAAAGAGGAGCAUGGUUGACCGCAAGAUUCCUGUCAUGGGAUCCAGGCCAUGCUGGCAAGCAAGCAUGGGUGAGGUUGGGAGCUUCGACGACGUUGGUGACCGCAGAACAGCUCCGUACAGCUCAUGGAUUCGAAGACUGGACACCUGACCAGUCAGACAUAAAGGCAUUGAAGAAUGCGGCUGAAUCCUUCACCCAGCACAUGCUCGAAGAUGAGAGAGGCGAACCUCCACCAGACGGACCACCAGAAGAGUUGGCAGAUGCACCACUGGAGUACGAUGCUGCUCCACCGCCUCCAACGCCAUCAAUGAUGGUUCCAGCGACACCGGCCCCAACAACCGCAGCGCCUGGAACACCGCCACCAGUGGCUCACCAGCACGCAACGGCUAUCCACGUCAACAUCGAUAGCCCUACCAACAUCCAUCACCAGCACACCACGGUGCAGAUGCAGAGGUUUGGAGACCUUCCCAAGUCUCUGAGCAGAUCCCGACGACACCAUGGACCCUACACCAAGAGUCCACCACUUCCAUCGCAGGCCGCUUCAUCCCUCAAGGGGAUUAGAACGCAGCCGGAUGAAGUUGCACAACAAGCCUCACAGGCAGCACUGGCUGAUACAUCAGCACUUGCACCGGCAGCCGAAUCUUCGGCACCACCUUUGGCAGACAAUGCCACGGCCACACUGGGCCAUACAUCACCGCAGGGCACACAGUUUCACCAACAAGCCAUUUUGGCAGAGGACCCGCCUGCCAUCCCUACCACACCAUUCUCAUCCGAGAACGAGGGACAUAAUGCUCUACACCACCAACAGGAACAUGACACAGUGGUAGCAGCAUCGGCAGCCGCAGAAGCACAUGGCAGACACUCGCAGGGUCCACAACAUUCGGCAGAACCUCCUGGCAUACCUGUUGAACUACCACCGGACACAGAGCAAGAAGCAGCACAGCAGGAACCCCUGCCGACAUUACCACAGAAACGACCGUUUGACAGCUUGCACACACUCUUGCACGAGGCAGACGGCACCAUUACCACCAUGAACCCAACAUGGGGAGGCAGAACGACUGAGAUGCUGAUGCUGGCAAUGAUCACGGCCGGAGCGAACUGCGAGCUGUUUGACACACAGCUCAAAUGGCACUCCUGGACGGCAGACGCCGCCACGGCUUUCCUGCAGGGACAGCAGCCCUCAGAGCGCCCCAUGGAGUUGUACAUGUACCCUCCAAAGGACGGCUUGAUCGACAUGACACCAUGCUGGUCACACCCUCUAUACAAGGUGAUGGGCAACAUUUAUGGCCUUGCAAAUGCACCGGCCUUGUGGUGCAAUGAAGUAGUGGCAAGACUGACUAGACUCCACUACACUCGCCACACUUUCGACCAAAUGCUGUUCAUCAAGCGUGAAGGUCAGCAGAUCGUGUCAAUGAUUUUGGUUUACGUUGAUGAUUUUUUGGGUGUUUUCAGGAGUGACUACAACAUCCAGGAAGUCAAAGAUGCCUUUGCCUGGGGCUCCUUCCACGACCUUGCAAACAAAGUGGUCACAUUUAAGGGCAAAGAGUUACACCUCCACCAACUGGAGAAUAAGCGCUGGAAGCUGAAGAUCACCAUGGCCAAGUUCAUCAAUGGCUUGGACUCCGCCAAGCUCCCGAGAGGAAGGACUUCCAGUCCGCCAGAAUUGACGCCUCUGGAGCACCGUGAGUUCAGAUCGGUGUCAGGCUGUUUGCAGUGGGCAUCCACACAAUGCAGGCCAGAAAUUGGAGCUGUGGUCAGCCUGUCCAACCAAGGCAAAGAGACCACGUGCCAUAACCUCAAGGACCUCUAUGACGCCAUGAGCUACCUGAAGAGCUCCCCACAUGAAGGGCUCUUGAUGCAAGACAUCCCAAUGAACCAGAAGACCGUCAUCGUCACGUUCAGUGACGCCUCAUGGUGCAACGCCGCUCGAAGCGGCUCACAGAUCGGCAUCCUCAUCGGCAUUUGCCCUCCUGAGGUUCGAAGCCAGCCCACGGCUUUCUCGCCUUUGGACUGGAGGUCUUGCAGGGCGACCAGGGUCUGCAGAUCCACAUUAGCGGCCGAAGCCUCAGCAGCAGACGAGGCCUCAGACCGAGCGGCCUACUUGAACAUGGCCCUGUCCGAGAUCCUCUUCAAUGGCCCGGCUCACCGCCUUGGCUCCAUGGUCGACUAUGUCCAGACCACGGACGCGAAAUCGCUCUACGAUGCAGUGGUGAGCGAGGCACCUAACCUCACGGACAAAAGGUCCCUUUGCAACGUGAGAGCAAUUCAGGAGACGGUCGACAAGUCUCAUAUGCACUGGCUUCCGUCGAAUUGCCAGUUUGCUGACGGGCUCACUAAAGUGAGCGAGACCUUGAGGUCCACGUUUCGGAGGUGGCUGAACGACCCAUUUGCCAUCCUCCUCGAGCACCCUCGCAACGAGAAGUUGCUGGCGGUCAUUGCGGGUUGUGCCAAAGAAGAAAAUACCAGUGAGAAAUUCAUGCAGUCAAAUCCCUGA